AAAAAAAAAAAAAAAAAAAGAGAACGUAAAGAGCGACUCCAAAAACAGCAGCCUCCAUCACCACCGGCUCGGGUUCUUUUGAAGUUAGUACCAAAUAUCCUUCCGCCAAACAUAGAAUCAGAAUUCAUACAUCGCUCUCACACAGUCCGAGAGUGUUUUAGGUUUAUGUUCUACUUCUCUCUCACUUUCACACGCUUCGAAUUCUAAAACCCUAACCUCUUCUCUCACCUUUACAACAACCUCUAAAGACUGUCAGUUUUGUCUCUCACAAUUGUCAAAUUUGAAACCCUAUUAGUAAACUAGUACUGGGGCAUUGAAGAGUAUAUUCUGCCCAAUAAAAAAAAUGAGCUUCGCGGCCUUCAAGAUGAUGCACUGGCCGACGGGCAUCGAGAACUGCGCCUCCGGUUUCAUCACCCACUCACGUGCCGAUUUCGUCCCUCGAAUCCCUCCCAUUCAGAACGACGACCUCGAUUCCGACUGGUCCGCCUCCCGCCGCGAAAUCGGUCCCAUUCCCAACCUCGUCGUCACCGCCGGCAAUGUCCUCGAAGUCUACGUUGUCAGAAUUCAGGAAGAGAGCAACAGAAGUUCUAGGGCUUCAGGAGAAUCCAGACGUGGUGGAGUCAUGGACGGCCUCUCUGGGGCGUCCUUGGAACUCGUUUGCCAUUACAGAUUGCACGGUAAUGUGGAAACAAUGGCAGUGCUAUCUACUGGAGGCGGUGAAAGUUCUAGGAGAAGAGAUUCUAUUAUCUUGUCAUUUCAAGAUGCAAAAAUAUCGGUUUUAGAUUUUGAUGAUUCAACCCAUGGACUUCGUACAAGCUCUAUGCACUGUUUUGAGGGUCCAAAGUGGCUACACUUGAAACGAGGUAGAGAAUCGUUUGCAAGAGGUCCAUUGGUAAAGGUUGAUCCUCAGGGAAGAUGUGGAGGUGUUCUUGUUUAUGAUUUUCAAAUGAUAAUACUCAAGGCAGCUCAGGCUGGUUCUGGUUUGGUUGUGGAUGAGGAUACAAGUAGUUCUGGAGGUGCAGUUUCUGCUCACAUCGAGUCCUCUUACAUAAUUAAUCUGCGAGAUUUGGAUAUGAAGCAUAUAAAAGACUUUAUUUUUGUACAUGGUUAUAUUGAGCCUGUGAUGGUUAUCCUUCACGAGAGGGAGCUUACUUGGGCUGGGCGUGUCGCAUGGAAGCACCAUACUUGUAUGGUGUCAGCACUUAGUAUUAGUACAACUUUGAAGCAACAUCCUCUCAUUUGGUCAGCUGCUAAUCUCCCACAUGAUGCUUACAAGCUUCUUGCUGUUCCUUCACCAAUUGGUGGUGUGCUUGUAAUUGGUGCAAAUUCUAUUCAUUAUCAUAGCCAGUCAACUUCAUGUGCUUUGGCUUUGAACAACUUUGCUGUUUCUGUUGAUAGCAGUCAAGAGAUGCCAAGAUCCUCUUUCAAUGUGGAGCUUGAUGCUGCCAAUGCAACUUGGCUGUUAAAUGACGUAGCCUUGCUGUCAACAAAGACUGGGGAGCUAUUAUUGCUGACCAUUGUUUAUGAUGGAAGGGUUGUGCAGAGACUUGACCUUUCUAAGUCUAAAGCUUCAGUGCUCACAUCGGGCAUCACAACAAUUGGGAAUUCAUUAUUUUUUCUUGGAAGUAGAUUGGGCGAUAGUUUGCUUGUGCAGUUUACUUGUGGAGUUGGGUCCUCAAUAAUGUCAUCUGCUCUAAAGGAUGAGGUUGGAGAUAUUGAAGGAGAUGCUCCUUCAGCAAAGCGACUGCGGAGAUUAUCUUCUGAUGCAUCACAAGAUAUGGCUAGUGGUGAGGAGCUCUCCUUGUAUGGUUCUGCUCCAAAUAACACAGAAUCGGCACAGAAGUCUUUCUCAUUUGCAGUAAGGGAUUCAUUGAUCAAUGUUGGUCCUAUAAAGGACUUUUCCUAUGGUUUGAGGGUUAAUGCAGAUACAAAUGCGACUGGAAUUGCCAAACAGAGUAACUAUGAACUGGUUUGCUGCUCUGGUCAUGGAAAAAAUGGUGCCCUCUGUGUUCUUCGUCAGUCAAUUCGGCCAGAAAUGAUUACUGAGGUUGAAUUACCAGGUUGCAAAGGAAUUUGGACAGUUUACCACAAAAGUACACGUGGUCAUAAUGUUGACUCCGCAAAAAGUGCUGCAGCUGAUGAUGAGUACCAUGCAUAUCUAAUUAUAAGUUUAGAGGCUCGUACAAUGGUACUUGAAACUGCAGAUCUUUUGACUGAAGUUACUGAAAGUGUUGACUAUUAUGUUCAAGGAAGAACAAUUGCAGCAGGGAAUCUAUUUGGAAGGCGUCGAGUUGUGCAGGUCUAUGAACGUGGUGCACGAAUUCUAGAUGGUUCUUUUAUGACUCAGGAUUUGAGCAUCGUAGCUGCAAACUCUGAAUCUGGUUCUGAGAGUGCCACUGUGCUGUCAGUUUCUAUUGCUGAUCCAUAUGUGGUAUUGAGAAUGACUGAUGGAAGUAUUAGGCUCCUUAUUGGAGAUCCCUCUUCUUGCACUGUUUCUAUAAGCACUCCUGCUGCCUUUGAGAGCUCAAAGAAAUUAAUAUCUGCCUGUACGUUAUACCAUGAUGACGGACCAGAGCCCUGGCUUCGCAAGACAAGUACCGAUGCAUGGCUUUCAACAGGAGUUGACGAGGCUGUUGAUGGUGCUGACGGUUCAUUACAUGAUCAGGGUGAUAUAUAUUGCGUUGUUUGUUAUGAGAGUGGUUCCCUUGAAAUAUAUGAUGUGCCCAAUUUUAACUGUGUUUUCUCUGUGGAGAAAUUCAUAUCUGGAAAGAUGAAUCUACUUGAUACAUUGGUAGAAGAACAAUCUAAGGAUCCACAAAAGUUGAUGAACAGAAGUUCUGAAGAUGUGAGUGGCCAAGCAAGGAAAGAGAACGUACAGAAUAUGAAAAUUGUUGAGUUAGCCAUGCAGAGAUGGUCAGGACAGCAUAGCCGCCCUUUUCUCUUUGGCAUACUGAGCGAUGGAACAAUUCUUUGUUACCAUGCUUACCUGUUUGAAGGUCCAGAGAGUGCCUCUAAAACUGAAGAUUCAGUUUCUGCUCAGAGUUUGUCUGGCUUAAGCAAUAAUAGUGCCUCUCGGCUCAGAAAUUUGAGAUUUGUUCGUGUUGCAUUGGACACAUAUGCUAAGGAGGAGACACCAAAUGCAACUUCAUGCCAAAGGAUUAGCAUUUUCAAGAACAUCGCUGGUUAUCAGGGGUUAUUCCUUUCUGGGUCAAGGCCAGCAUGGUUUAUGGUAUUCAGAGAACGUCUUCGUGUUCACCCACAGCUAUGUGAUGGUUCAAUUGUUGCCUUCACUGUUCUUCACAAUGUGAACUGCAAUCAUGGGCUCAUAUAUGUUACAUCACAGGGUAUUUUAAAGAUUUGCCAACUACCAUCUAUAACAAGUUAUGACAGCUAUUGGCCAGUGCAAAAGAUUCCACUGAAAGGAACACCACAUCAGGUCACUUACUUUGCUGAGAAGAAUUUAUAUCCGCUAAUAGUAUCAGUUCCUGUUCAUAAGCCACUAAAUCAAGUUAUAUCAUCUUUGAUUGAUCAAGAAGUUGGCCAUCAGGCUGAGAAUCAUAAUUUGAGUUCUGAUGAUCUGCAUCGGACUUAUACUGUUGAUGAAUUUGAGGUUAGAAUACUGGAGCCAGAAAUAUCCGGUGGCCCUUGGCAAACUAAGGCUACUAUUCCAAUGCAAACUUCUGAAAAUGCUUUAACUGUGCGAGUGGUUACACUAUUUAAUACAACAACUAAGGAGAAUGAAACACUUUUGGCGAUUGGGACUGCUUAUGUGCAAGGGGAGGAUGUUGCUGCUAGAGGGCGGGUUCUUUUGUUCUCAAUUGGAAAUAAUCCACAAAACUUGGUUUCAGAGGUUUACACCAAGGACUUGAAGGGUGCUAUAUCUGCUUUAGCCUCACUUCAAGGCCAUUUGUUGAUGGCUUCUGGUCCUAAAAUUAUUUUACACAAGUGGACUGGUGGCGAGUUGAAUGCUGUUGCUUUUUUUGAUGUUCCACCAUUAUAUGUUGUGAGCUUAAAUAUUGUCAAGAAUUUUAUCCUACUUGGUGACAUUCACAAAAGCAUAUACUUCCUUAGUUGGAAGGAGCAAGGUGCUCAACUCAGUUUAUUGGCCAAGGAUUUUGGCUCCCUUGAUUGUUUUGCAACAGAGUUUUUGAUUGAUGGAAGUACGUUGAGCCUUGUAGUUUCAGAUAAUCGAAAGAACAUACAGAUAUUCUAUUAUGCGCCAAAGAUGUCUGAGAGUUGGAAAGGGCAGAAACUUCUUUCAAGGGCUGAAUUUCAUGUUGGUGCUCAUGUAACUAAGUUAUUGCGGUUGCAAAUGCUUUCUACCACAUCUGAUCGAACAGGGACAGCUUCAGUUUCUGAUAAAACCAAUCGCUUUGCAUUGCUCUUCGGUACCUUGGAUGGAAGUGUUGGCUGUAUUGCACCACUUGAUGAACUUACAUUCCGUAGGCUUCAGUCAUUGCAGAAAAAACUUGUCGAUGCUGUUUCACAUGUUGCAGGUUUAAAUCCAAGAUCUUUCCGCCAGUUCCGCUCAAAUGGAAAGGCUCAUCGCCCUGGUCCUGACAGCAUAGUUGACUGCGAACUUCUUUGCCAUUAUGAGAUGCUUCCGUUGGAGGAACAGCUUGAAAUUGCUCAUCAGAUAGGGACAACUCGUUCACAAAUUCUUUCAAACUUAAACGAUCUCUCUCUAGGAACAAGCUUCUUGUGAAUGCAGCACCUUACAAGAUUUACAAUUUUAUAAUUGUAGGUGUAGGUUGUAACCCUUUUUUUAUUUUGAUUUUUGAUUUUUUAUAAUUAAUCCAACUGACUUGUAACAUUUUAAAUAAUGUAAUGAAUUUCCGAACUCUUUAGCGUA